UAUUGAACUACUACUGAAUUAAAGCAAAAGCUAAGCUGGAACAUGGUUGUCGUCAUGACUGUGGGAUAACUUGGUGUCGCCAAAGCAUUGUUUUCGUGGAUUCAAUUUGCUUGAAUUACAUGUUGAGAAUACGAUCGUAGAUUAAGUGAAACCAGGGUAUAAUAUUCUCAAGGCAUAUAUCCGACAAGGUCUCCAACGACGGUGAAUGCGGAUGUCAACUCGAGCUUCAAAAUACACUCCGGACCAGGACCUACGAACUAAAAAAAAACACUGAAGGAAAGCAAAUGGAAUUGACUGUGAAGAAUAUUUCAUCGGAAAUGAUCAGUCCAAAUGAUUGUCGUGGUUCGUCAUUCGGGAAGAGAGGAUGUUAUCAAAAUAUCUUGAUAGCAUCAGCCCUCCAUAUAUGUAUAUUCGAAAGCACAAUGAUUCUUUGCUUGAGCAUAACCUUUAUACGUCUUGAGGAUAUUGGAAAGCGGCUUGAAGAUACGUCUUUCAAACACUGGCCAGCAAUAACGUCGCGAUCGACAACAGAAUGUUCAGUUUUAAGUUCCAAACAUGAUGCCAUGGCAGGCUUCAACCAUCGGAGAGGGAAGCCUGCAUGUAUGUUCCUGUCAUGGUCACCAUGCAAGAGAUGGAAUCUCAAUGAAGCCCUCAACAGCAGAGAAACAAUGGUCAAAGAGGUAUAUCAAAGAAAUCGUGGGAAUGAAUUGCCGAGAAUGAGUUACAAAGUGCAUAAGAUGCGGCCCGGCUUCAAUCGUCGUAAAAAGGAUUUCCCAUGGAUUGGAGUCUUUUUUGACAAGUACACUAACCGAUAUAUCGUAAUGGAAAUAAGGACUAGGCGACGGUCGCAUUUCCACCUCCUUUAUCUAAAUCGGGGGCGUUAUGUCACAAAACAGUUAUUCAAAUCUGCUGGAAGUUCAAUCAACAAGCUUCUGUGCAUCAGCAAAUUAUAUAUUAUGAAGGCUUAUUUCGUAUUUUUUAGUAACACCAGACCAAUAGAAUGUCCGAGAAUAUUUGACCGUAAUGGCAUUCAUUUGGGUUUCUACACUAUGGAACUGCCCACUCAGAGUCGGAACAUUGAGCUUGUUUGGGUUUCGCAUAUAGAACACAAUGAGUUGACUGGGCAAGCAUUCGUUAUAUACGUUUACCGAACAGUUGAAAAUAAACAAAAGAGUUACUUCGCAUUUGGUGUUUUCCAGAUCGCUGUAAAAAACGGUUUGGGAGAUGAAUUUAACUACACUCUGACAGCGGGGAAGGAGCUGGACGUGCAUAUUAUGCCAAGACUUCUUCACCGUUUACCGUGGAAACUGUUAUUUUCCGUCUUCGUAACCGCAAGUGAGGAUGUACUUGUUACCAUGUGGAACUGCGUACAUCUCUUUACCAAAAGGAGCUUCUACCAGCAGAAAGUCCCAAUAAUAGCCAACACAAAAAUGCGCGAUUGGAGUUUUAAACGGGGAUUUUAUCGCAUAAGGUGGGACAGCGCCAACCAAAUAAUGAUGCUAGCAAAUCAAGUGAACAAAGUGAGGAGAGAUUUGAUUGUGACCUAUGUUCCUAUUCAGAAAAACUUUCCACACUAUUGGUAUUAUAGAAAGAGUUACCAAUCGACGAUAAUUUCAGAUGUUAAUAUGAUUGCCGGUGGCCGGAACGGAUCUUUUGUAGCUUAUCUUUCAUCUGGCCGGUUGCAUCUGAAGUUCUAUCACUUGAUAUAUGCAGGGUUGUUUUAAGGAGAAUAGUGCGACAAUAUUUGAAUUGCAUAUCGAAUUUAGUAUCAUUAUUUUGAGUUUCCCUCAGGUUGUCAGUAAACCCAGACACCCAUGCCGACUUAUCGGCGGUGAAUAUCAGUCCUUAAGUCGACGGUGGAUCGGCAUGAGACACCCGGGAUCAUUAAUUAUUAUGAGUUUUAACACCUACACUUUAAUUGGUCUCUUGCAUUCACUAGUAGGAGGCUUUUUCUGACUUAUAAACGGUUUCUCUAACUUUUUCCUGAUUUCUCCGACAUUUCUCCGACAUUGUCCGGCUUUGUCAAAAAGGUCGGAUUUCCAUAAAACCUGUGAAAAAAAAAUGUCUUCCCAAAGGUAUACGGUAAAAAAAGCAACGGAAAAAGGCAACGGAAAAAAAGCCCGGUAUAAAAAGACAACAGGUAAAAAAGGCAACGGUAAAAAAGGUAACAAAAAAAGACAACGGGUAAAAAAAGCAACGGUAAAAAAGACAACGGGUAAAAAAAGCAACGGAAAAAAAGACAACCAUCUAGGUAAAAAAGACAACAGGUAAAAAAAAUGACUACUAUCAAAGAGGAUCCAAGUAAUGUAAAUGUGUUGGUGACUUUGACCCUUCUUGCGCUUAACAUACCUAUACAUGUCAUUGCAUGUAGAUGAACGUGUUCAAUGGUCUAGGACUUCAACUUUAGAGUCACGAGAAUAGCAGAUCAAGAACGUCAAGCUGUCUUCAAUGCGGAAAUCUCCUUUGCCACAACAAACAAUGUUUAAUUGAAAUCUAGUAUAACCAUCAGUAUCAAACUGAUUCUUCGAAUUCCCAAGUCCACACUAUAGGCUGAUAGGUAUACGGUAAAAAAAGCAACGGAAAAAAAGACACCGGAAAAACCAUACUUUAUCUAAAUUUGGUUACGCUAUGAGUGCGGCGUUGACAAAAGUGGAACAUUCAUUUUCCAGUCGUUGCCAGAAUAAAUAUCGAUUUUCGCUGAAAUCGGGACAAACGCAGAAGAAAUGUACAUGUGGAUGGGCAGAGACCUGUAUUCAUCCGCGACCGGAAGAGUCACAUAGAGCUUAUCAAAAUGUGAAGUUGUGGUAAAUACAUGGCUGGGAUGGACCAAAGUGGAAUUAAUUCUCAAUCUGUGGUUGAUUCUUAAUCUACAGAGUCAGGCCAUCAC